UAAGCGACAACUACACGUUUUACAAGAACAACAACAAACAAUACCAGAAGAAUCUCUCUUUCUCUCAUCCUUCUUAUUUAUCUCUGUUUUUGUGUUCUGUGAUUUCAAUCUCUGACGUAGUGUUCUUCUAGGUUUAAACAAGACGAAGAUUGGUGAAAUUGACGGAACUUGUUGAUUGAAUUGCUGAAUUUGUAACUAUCAACUUCAGUGGAGAAAUGGAAGACGGUAAGAAGGAGGUGCAGAUAAGCCUUGUUAAUGGCUUCUCUCCGGUGUCUUCUACUCCUGUUUUCUGGAAAUCUCGCAAGAGAUCUGGUGAAAUUUAAUGUUUUAAAUUUUUUCUGAAGACAAGGCCAUGAAAAGGUUUGAACCCAGGUUGUAUUUGUGCAGGGCUAGUAUGAAGAACUUGUAUAAGAACGUUACAGAUGAAGCUGAUAAAACAAGUGAGAAGAAGGAGGAGAACUCCAGUGAUGAGAAAAUGGAAGAAACAACUCCGCCGACAGUUCUUUCGGAGAAACGUAAGGCUCUCUUUGAACCUCUUGAACCAAUAAUGGAUUUGAAUGGUAGAAGACCUUCAGCUGAAUCUUUACUUCCCCCACCGGACUUUGACUCUGCCAGUUACCCUCGUGGAUGGCUCAUUGGAAAGAAGCGGAAACUUGUAAACGUGGAUGUUGUCGAAAGCAUGCGCAGGAUUGCUGUACAAGAAAUGAACAGAAAGGACAGAGAGAUCGAUGGCCUAAACGAGCAGUUGGACGAGGACUCACGUGUCCUAGAACAUCUCCAACUGCAGCUACUGAAUGAACGAAGCAAGCGUGCAGAUGUUGAGCGACAGAAUGCAAUGCUGCAGGGCCAGGUUGAUAUGCUCAUGAAUAUGCUUCACGAACCCGAGAACAUGGACGACCAGGAAGGACCACAAGAUCCUUAAAGUUUAUUUAUUUGAUUGUCAUGUUUUGCAAGUAGAAAGCUAGAAAAAUAUAUCUGUUCUGCUGUUGAGGCCAGAUACUGUGCAUAUUACGGCAUUUGGUCUUUGUUUGAAAUAUAAAAUAGACAUAAACAUACCACCACAAAAUGUACCAAAUUACAUGUUUUUUGCAACAUCCUUUUUUAUGCA